AUGGCGAAGAGAGUUGCAGAGAGAGAGCUAACGCAAGAAAACUGGGAUCAGGAAGACGAAGAAGAAGAGGUGGCUAAACGUUUUAAGCUUAAAAAUUGUUGUAUUUAUUUUUCCUCCAUUUGAAAUUAGUACUCUGCCUUUUUCGCGAGACAGUCGCAAAUCUGAAUGUUUCUGGUGUGGUCGAAAGCAUGGCCGGCGCGCAGAUUUUGUUAUUAAUUAGCUAAUUUCUGAUGAUAAUAUCUCCGCAGGCCGGACAUUUCAGGGUCGCAUCCAGUGAAGAUUUAAGCAAAAGAAAGUGAGUGAACAACAGAAUUUUGUAGGUCAUUUUUUUUGAUAAAUCACUUCAAAGGCAACUUAGGGUGAACUUGAGGAUGCAGUUGACUAGAACAGUUCGUCUACUUGCCCUUUACUAAUGUAUUCGAUACAACAUGAGAGCUGUCUGUUAUUUUCAUAUUGAAGGAUUAUCAAGGCUAAAAGACGAGUACCGGUAAACCCAGAUAAACAGGUAUGUUAAGAUGGGCUAGGAAAAUGUGAUCACAGUACAUCUGUACAUAGUUCAGAGUAAUCCCUCACUUUUUUUCAGUCCUGGCCCCAAUUGUUCAAAAGUUGGAUAGCGCUAUCCAUCAGGCUCCGGUUGUUCAAACGCUGGAUAGUGCCAUCCACCCGAUAAAUGACUAUCCAGUGGAUAAAUGUUAGGGAAACCAUUGCGUUAUCCGAUGGAUAGUGAUUUAUCCUGUGGAUUGCAUUAUCCACCUUUAGAACAACUGGGCCCUGUAUGUUAAUGAAGGGUAGAGAAUUGGUGAUGGCACCGCCAGUUUUCCUGUGAAAUGAUUAUUUCUGAGCAGGGUGCAAAGAAAGUCAGUUUUAUAGUGUGCCAUUCAGGCAAGCUGUAGCUACAAUCGGCGACAAAAUUGUUGAGACACUUUCCUAAAAAGAGGUGUUUUGAGCUACCCUGAGAAAGGGUCCCCCCACCCCUCCCCCCUUGACAUUGUUGGGUCGUCUCCGAGUGCCCACAAACCUUAAGGCCAGCAGUACAACACUGAAUAGGGGGAGUGGGGAGGGGGGACCAUUGAAAGGUAUUUCACACCUUUUGAAAAAAGAACAAAUAAAACCAUGCUCAUAAGAUGUCUUUUUUCCGGAGGUGUCUCAACUAAUUUUGUCGCCGAUUGUAGCAUGUACUAGCCCACAAUUCAUUUCAACUAACCCCCAACACCUCUUUGAUAAGCAGGACUGAUUACAAUCCUUCUGUUAUUUGAAUUUGCCCAAAAAACGGCACUUGCCCAUUGGGCAAGUGAGGAACAAAAAUCAAUAGCCCGAUAGCAAAAUCCACUGGCCCCUGAACUAUCGGACAUGACUUUCUUUGCACGCUGCUGAGAGACGACUGAUCAAAACUUCAAACUGCUGACGUAGUGCUUUUGAUUGGUUGAAAGAAAUUCUCUAACGGCACAACCAAUCAGAAGCAUUACCUUUAAAUGGAAAGGUAUAGGCUCUAGUAUUGGAAAUUGGCCAACAUUUCAAAAUGGAUCAUCAGGAAUAAUCAAAUUUACACAGCUAACUGAUAAACAUAUAAGGAAAAAUCUGUUUACCCAUAAUCAUAUGUGAAUGGGGCUCGCACAGUCUUGAAAAGUCCUUGAAUGCCAUUUUUCUUUGAAAAGUUCUUCAAUUUCUUUAUGUGUCCUUGAAAUGUCUUUGAAUUUUCUUGAGCUUUGAAUGUAGUGGGGUCAAAAGUAAAUUGCUUUUCUUAGACUUAGGUAUUCUUUGCCAGCGACUUUAAACUCUGUAAAAGCAGUUUAGAGUGGUUUUCGUUUGAGUGUCGUAAAACCAAAACCAAAGUAAUUGCUCUGGCCAAUCACAUAGGACACAGACAAUACAAUGAACCAAUCAAAACUCGAAGUAAUUACAUGUGGCUGACGCAAAGCGCGGGAAAAUGCAUGCGAGCGCGUCACAAUUGGCUUUGGUUUUACUUCUGAUUGGAUGAAAAGGUGGCGCGAAUCUUUUAAGCCAAUUGCAUCGUGUAGAAAGUGCAAAACCAAUUACUUUUCGACACUCAAAUGAAAACCGCUCUAUUCAUAGAAAUUGGAAAGCAAAGUAAUCCAAUUCAAAAGUCAGUCAAAUGCAAAUUUUCCAGUGGUUGUGUGUCCAACUUGAGUACUACAUGACAGUAUUUUUAUUAAAAUCACAAGUUCCAUGUUUCGUCGGCUUCUUCGGCAAAUGAUGUCUGGAAAGUGUUCUUUUAAUGCUUGUUUAUAUUGACGAAAGACAGAAAAAUGUCAAGAAGGAGAUGGGGCGAACAUUUGAGGGCUUAAAAUUCUCUUAUCGCAGACUGGGAAAUGUGCAUUUAUGUACCAUCUGUGAAAAUUACAUUCCUGGUAGUUGGUCCUUGAAAAUUUGAUGUGGUACUUUAAAAAUACUUGAAAACAGGUUGCAAUUUUUUGUAUGAACCCUGGUGAAUGAAACAAAACUCCCUCAAUAGAGAGAAUUAAGCACAGCUGUGGGGCUGUCUCUUAGAACACAACAAAAACGUACAAAAAUAAUAUAUUAGAAAAGGACUUUCAGUUUUUUAGAACCACACAUUGAGUCCGUUGAAAAGAAAACACCAAAGGUGUUACAUUCCUAAAUGUAUACAUUUGUAUUUGUCAACAAUAUUUAUUUAUGAGCUCGGAGCACUCGUAAAGUUCAACAUGUUAAUCGGAGUGAUCUGUGUAAGUGAGUUUUUGUUGUGUUUUUUUUCUUCACCACUAGGGUGGUGGCAUUUUUCAAGGCUUCUCAGGAUUUGCUGGCUUGAACAGCAACACCAAGGGUCUUGGCUCCAGCUCUCUCACCUUCAAGCCUUUAACUGGAAUAUCAAGUCUGUCUUCAAGCUCAUCAAAUAUGUUCAGCAGUGCAACAUCUACAUCUACUAAUACCACACCUAGCCUUUCCUUUGGCAAUAGUAACAAUCAAAAUGGAUUCAAAGCUAUCUCUACAGAAAACUCACAAGCAGCUAAAGAAUUUAGCAGUUCUUAUAAUGACAACAUCAAGGCUUUAAAUGAAAGUGUUUCUUCAUGGAUCCAGAAACAUAUAAAAUUGAACCCGUAUGUGGACUUAACACCAAUAUUUAAUGACUAUAAGGAACAUAUGAAGAACAUUGACCAGAAAUUUUCUGGAACUGGGAAGCAGACAGACACCCUUGCAGCAAAAGAGGUAGUUACAAUGUCCAAUCCAUCACCUGCAGUAACAAGCUCAUUAACACAACCUGUAACAACAACACCCUCGCUCUUCACUGCUCCAUCUCAGCCACCACACACAUCAGAGGAAAACAAAUCAGAUGCAAACAAUUCAGGUGAGCAUGACAAACUUGUUUUGAAAACUACAUGUAAAUGAAUUUAAACAGCAGCAGGGCUUUCAUCCAAUUUAUUAUUGAUUAGCUAAAAAGUUUUUUAGUUCUACCAAAAAUGAUCUUAUAGACUCCCAGGGUUUUUAUUUUACUUUAGGGGUCCAAGAGGGGGUGUUUGAUAGAUAGGGGGCAUUUAAAAGAGAGAAAUGUUCAUUCUCCUAACUGUAAGAAGCUCAACAAAACUGGUAAUCAUGCUUUUGGUCAAAAUAUCAAGAGAGUUUAUCAAUGUUUUUGAUACAUUUAAGCUGUCUAGAGAUUGUUGUUAUUGUUAGCCUAUCCUUACUUUGAACUAGACAUUGAACAAGACACAAUAAUUAUCCAAACCCUUGCUAAUCAAGCCAAAAACUGAAUAAAGUGAAGGAUUUUGUUCCUUUUUGCUAAUUCAUAGUAUUUUGGAGUAAUUGUCAUAUAGUUGGUGUCUAUUAGACGGAGGCAAUUUAUUAUAAGAGAGCUACUCUGUAACUAAUGCAGGCUCUAUCUUAUUAUUCUCUGCUUUUUGUAAUUAUAGGGUUUUUUAAAAUAACUGAACUUUAGUAAGGACUUUUAACAGUUUUAACAAAUAGAAGCUUUCCACGCUUGUUGACAUAUCAUAUUUUUAUUGUACAUAUAAAAUAGUGAUGAUAAAUUGAAAGAGUGUAUGGAGCAAGACUUUUGUCAGAUUCAAUUCCCCCUAUGCUUUACAAGCAAAAAAAAGGUAAUUUGGAACAGGAGAAUGUGGCAAUUUCUCAGAAAAUUACUUAGGAUUUUUUCCAUGUGUUCCUUCAAAUCUUUUCUUGACUAAAUGUCGUAGCAAGUCUAUGAUUAUCUUUGGGUUUUGACAUUAAAAGCUAAUUAAAUCCCUCGAAAGUUAUGCUAAUUUAAGUAUUAACAAAAAUGUUUUGAUCAUAGAAACACAAAGUACUGGACAGGAAGCUGUGGCUGGAACUUCAGGAGAAGAGACUAAUGAAGAUGAAGUUCCCAAACCACGAAGGUAAAUUUCUUGAAGAACAUACACUGCACAUGUAUGGUUGUGAAAAUUUGUGGCAGAAAAGUUUAAAGUUACGUGAAGCUCUUACGUACAUGCACAUGUACUUUCUUUUGCCAGAUUUCUCUGCCAAAUCUCUACACAAUGUAUUUCCUUCAAAUCCCAACACCGGCUCUUCCAUAUGAUCCACAAUUAAUAAUCUCAUUCUCCACUGACCACCUCAUCUCCUUCUGCUCCGUGUACACCAUUUCUAUCAUAUAAUAAUAUUACAUGUAUCUCUCCUAGGUUCAUUCCAAUCAUUCUCAGCUCUUCUCUCCUACAGCUGUUCAUGUAUUAAUUUCCAACCCCCAUUUCUCCCAGUUCCCACUGCCAUAUAUUACCUUGGCAGCGUUUAUUCUAGAACACUACCUUCUGGGAUUUCCGCAGUUUGGUUAAAGAUGCCACAUAAAAUUUUACGUUGCCACAUCAAAUGGGGCACACAAAAAUUGACCCAAGGAUAAAUAUUACUUAAAGCCAUCUGAAAAACCUUGUGAAAAUUCAGCAAUACAAAACUGGUGACCUCCCCACCUGAAGAAUAAUACAGGAGCUCCAUGUGCCAGAAUUCCCCAACUAACUGGUGUUAGAAGAGGUCUGUCUUCAAACAGCAGAUGUGUAACAUGGUUUCAGUGACCAGAAUUUAACAAAAAGGGCCCUAAGGAACAGGUUAGGGGAGUUGAUCCUUGGACAACUUGAUGACAAUUUCAAUUGAAGGACCUCCCUUGUCCAAAUUUGAUUUUCAUGAGGUCUGUCAUGUAUGGCAUACGAAAAAGAACAGGAGAGUAGAAAAACCACAAUGUGAAUCAUGAAUCACAGUGACUUUUUUUCCCUUAAAACUUGUGGCCUUAAAGAAACAAAAUUGUUCAUCCUAAUGUUGGAUGAAAGUACAGAAUACAUGUAUAUGUAGCAAAGAAGCUUUUCGUUUAUGAUAAAGCAUUUAGUCAUUUUAUGUUCAGUAUGUAACUUUAACCUCAUGUUUCAGUCUGUAAAUUAAUUAUAAUUUCAUUUCACAAUUUUCUCAUGGAACAGUCUGUACCAAUAAGUUCAAAUACCUUUUUGGGGGACCCCUUUUCUAAGACCCCCCUUUUUUAAAAAAUGGACCCCCUGAAAUUACAGAAGGGGGCCCAUUUGACCCUCAUUGGCCAAUUUCUAAGAUAAACCCUGCUUUUUGUCUUCCAGUCCCCACCCUUGUGUUUCAACCCCCACCCCCAAGUCUAUUGUUUCCCACACACAUCACUCUCUGUUCCAAUGCAAGCACUUCUUUCACUCUGGACUAGUUUAUUUGGUUUUGCUCUUGGAUCUUAACCCUUUCUUCUCCAAGCUCCUGCCCUUGUCUUCUCACAGCUGUCCCCUCCUCCUUCUUUCCUGCUUCCCAUUCCUUCUAUCCUCUCUCUCCAUCCCACAUGUUUUUUCCUUGUUCUUGGAGGACAGCUUCACCCACACUUACAUGUGACUUGAUUAUUUUUUCCCACAGUUCCCCUCCUCCCACUUGUUCACAAGUGUCAUUUUCACUCCUCUUUUGCCCAAGUUUCAUCUCCUUUUCCGUCUAUCUUCUUCUCUGACAAAGAGUCCCCCACUCUUCUCCUCACCCAUGUCUACUCUUUCUUCUUGCUCACAGCUACUGAAUUUGUUUUAUUCUGCUUUAGUGUUGUAGUUGCUGAGGAAGGGGCAUUUCAUUCCAUAAAGUGCAAGAUGUUUUUCAAGCGUGAUUCNGAUAAGAGCGUUGCUGUGUGCUUGGUAUGACAUGUAUAAUUUUUUUUUGCUAACACUUCUCAUUCAAAAGUGCAUUUUUGCCAAAAAACUUAUCUGCAGAUAUUGGCCGUAUUUGAGACCAUUCAGACACCACUUUAAUUUAACACUCUAGAAAUGGAAAUUAAAUACAUGUACGAUAGCAUGCUUGCUAUCUGCUGGAUAUAAGACCCAGUUCAAAAUUCAAACUUUUCAUGUACAGAACUUAAUACCUUUAAUGGUGACACAAAAUUAAUGAUAUACGUUUGAUGGUUGAUUCAACAGUUGAACCUCAUUAGUCAGACCUAAUUCAUUUUCAGGAGGUACAAUGAUCUACACUGCUUACCAGUUGAAAUAAUAAUAAUAAUAAUAAUAAUAAUAAUAAUAAUAAUAAUAAUAAUUUACUAUUAUCAAAGUAAUUUAUGCAUUAGAUUUGGCACUUGCAAAGUUUGACGUAUGAAACGAAGUCGCUCCAUAGUUGAAAUUCCCACAUGGGCCACUCAAACUAAAUUCAUGGGUCAAUGCAAAUCAGAUCGAAGGGAUUAGUUUGGUACAUGAAAGAAUCUACGUUUGAACUGGGCCUUAGCCUUCCAAACGCAAUCAGUUAAUUUAUUAUGAUGAUCAAACCCAAUAAUUACCACCUCUAUGAGUUGGGUGCCCCUGGCUGAUGCUCGCUACCCUUUCUUCUUUACAAGAAGCUUUGAGUUUUGCUUCUGCUCUACGGCAGAAGAAUUCAAAGCUUUACAAUAAUACACCAGGAGAAACAAACUCAAUUAAAUUAUUUUAUAUCUGGAACCCCAUGACUACCAGAUUAAUGAUGUAAACAUUGAUUCACAUCAUCAGUAUGGAAUUUUGGGGGGCUGAAUCACUAAAUAUCUCUCCCAUGAAAGGUCCAUAGCAGCAAGGAGAAAGGAGAGACUACAGCUGUUAUUGUAGGCCAACAAUUUCACUAUUUAGCAUCUAGAUCAUGGUACCUUCUUGGAAAAGAAGCCUUUUCAAGAGUGUGAAGGCUAGUGAUGAACAGGUAUUCUACAUGUGUGGUUAAAACAAUUUCUUUCCAAAAAUUCACAUGAAAGAUGACUUAAUUCUGUAUGGAAUGAAUCAGUGUCAUAAAAUAAGUUCCCUUGUCCUUUAAUGGGUAGUAAAAUGAGCAAUAAUUGCUAAUAAUAAUAAUAAUAAUAAUUGGAUCAAGGCCUCAGCGGCACAUCUCGAUCCCUUUAGUGUACCCAGGCAAAAUUAAUAAUCAAGGUUAAGGUAAGUGUUACCAACUGAGGCCAAAGACUGAGGCUGAUAACACUUAGUGUUUAUUAUCACGGUUAGGGGCAUAUUAUAUGUAUAAUAAAUUAGAUGUAUAAAUUUUAUACAUUGUUUCAUGAAACCAAUAACUCCGGUCAUUGCGAAAUACUUUCGUUUCCUGAAAAGGAGCCCUUACCAUUAUUGUACUGUACAUGAAGUUGAAGUACUAGCAAAUAAGUAACUAUGCUGAGCACAUCCCGGCGAGUUUUGACAUCUGCCCUUAGACUUCAAAGUCGUCAAUGGCCUGCGUAACUGUUUUAUAUAGAGUUGUGUAUUGAAUGAGGCUCUGCCCCCAAAACCUCACUCGGGAAAGGACUAAUUCCAUCAGCUGCACAGGCUAAGUAGUCAAGGUAUAACCUGCAUAACUGGUGCUUAAUGACUGCAUUCGCCUUUCUUGGCUCAUAAAGCGCCUGUUAUGCAGGUUAGUCAAGGUAGCAUUCAUUUUUCCAGUAACUUGUCAAGGAACUCUACCACUCUUUUAUGAAAUUCCGCUGGGUUGUCAAGGUAACAAGGGUGACUAGCAUCUUUCAUCAUGAAAACUUCACUGCCUGGGAUGUCUUUCAUUUUAUCCACAUACUGGGUAAAGGUAAUGUCUUUCUCCCCGUAUACUAUCAAAGUGGGAAGUUUAAGUCCCUUUAGAUCUUCAUCAGUGUAUUUUGCAACUGCAGCGGGGGCAAUUGGAACAAAGCCACGUACUUCUUCUUUGUCUUUUUCUAUCUUCUUCUCUGACAAAGAGUCCCCCACUCUUCUCCUCACCCAUGUCUACUCUUUCUUCUUGCUCACAGCUACUGAAUUUGUUUUAUUCUGCUUUAGUGUUGUAGUUGCUGAGGAAGGGGCAUUUCAUUCCAUAAAGUGCAAGAUGUUUUUCAAGCGUGAUUCAUCAUGGUCUGAAUUGGGAAUUGGCAUGCUUAACCUGAAGAAACUGGAGGGAAAGACACAAGUGCUGGUACGAAAUGACACAACACUGGGGAAGAUUCUUUUAAAUAUUUAUCUGGCUGAAAGCACACCUAUCACACGUUCAGGAAAGAACAACGUGAUCUUGAUGUGUGUUCCAAACCCUCCCUUGUAUUCCAAACCCAGCGAGGGUGACAACAGCAAACCAGCAACAUAUUUAAUUCGAGUGAAGACUGCGGAAGACGCUGAUGAACUCUUUUCACAAUUAAACAAGAGCAAAACCACAAGUAAUUGAUAUUUUUACUCCAAACUUGAUGGCAGUGAGAAAACUGAAAAAUUUACUGUGUGGCUUAAAGGCACUAAAUUUUUUUUUCAAAUCAUUGGUGGUUAAGGGAGAAUCUGGACAAUCGGAACCACUUCAUCCUGCAAAGUAAUUCGCACCACAGGAAAGCAAUUUAUUCACCUAUUUGGAUAUCCAUAGCUACAACUUCCUUUCUGACAAAUUACCUUUAAAUAAGAAUAAAAUUAAUACUGGCAGUUAAAUGUAAAUUUGUCUGCCAAAUGGGUGCAAAGUCAGUUUUAACAUAAAGUGGUAUCCUUAUGGAGAAAUAUCAUUUUAGAUCGUCUAAUGUGAUUCUAAAGUGAGUACAAUCAUGUAACUUGGUUAAACAUCAUUCAGCAUUAAAUUCUGUUGAAUGAUGUUGCAACUAUAAGACUAAGUAGAACAUGUAUGUACAUGUAGCAUUGUUAUUUUUUGUUAGGGACUGUUUGUAAUUAAACACCAUACAGUCAGCUCUCUAAAUAGUCACCUUUAUAAGUCAGACGCUUCCUUAAAACGGAUAUGUAGUGCUUGUGAUGUCCUUGAUUUUUGUCAGUUUUUUUCCCCGGCUCCCAGUUUAUGGCAGACACAUGGUGCCCGUUUCUUGAAAAGUCCGGUAAUUUUUCAGAUCCAAAGUCAAAUUUGCAAUCAAAACCUUUUGAAUGGUGAAUAGUAGGACAUUUCCUAGCACACAAACUGGUUAAUUUUACAGUUCAAAUACAGUGAUAAUACACAAUACUGAUACUGACUGGUAACCUUAAAAUAAUAUUAUGCUAUUAUUCGCUUAUAGAACUAGCUUUUUUAGCAAUUAGAAACGUUGUUUGUUUUUACAAACUUUACAGGCCUGCUACUCACAAUUCUAUGAUGACUUAUUUUUAAAGAGUUGAAUAGUUUGUAAU